UAUUUUAUCAUCAAUUUGUCCAACAUUCUAACACCAUAUCGAUCAACUCCAACUAAAACAGCUGCGUAUUUAUAUUGAGCAAAAAAAAAGGUACGAUAAACAAGUCCCUUCGCCUGCCCAACUUUGGACGAGAAGUUGUGAUUAAUUUAUGCAAUCAUCACCCACACCGUGAGGGGUGUAAUUCCUCGCAAAUAAUCAGCAAACAACGCACGUCGAAGCGACGAUAGAAAAUACUACAUCACCACUAUCUUCGUCGGCGCACACCACCGGUGCAACUCUACCGAUCGAUAACAGGAACAGCGUCUUCCGAAACCGCGGUCAGUUCCACACGAUUCACCGAUCGCAGCGGACGCAAAGCUUUGCUCAUCGUUACACAUCGCAUCCAUUCUACUACAAUGGCACCGCAAGUCCCAUCUGUUCGGCUCAACAAUGGCCUUGAUAUGCCCGUCCUAGGGCUUGGCACGUACAUGGCGACGGAAGAAGAGGGAGUGGCAGCGGUAAAGAUGGCCAUAGACGAGGGUUAUCGCCAUAUCGAUACGGCGUACUUCUAUCAAAACGAAAGCCAGGUUGGGCAGGCGGUACGGGCAAAAAUCGCGGAAGGCGUCAUCAAGCGGGAAGAUGUGUUCAUCGUAACGAAGGUGUGGAACACAUUUCACGCACCGGAGCAUGUGGAGCAAGCGUGCCAAAAGUCGCUCGAUAAUCUUGGCCUAGAUUACAUCGAUCUGUACCUUAUCCAUUGGCCAACUGGGUGGAAGUUUUCGGGCUGGACACCGGACGGUUUUCUGCCGAUGAAUGCGAACGGCAAAACGAUCGAUUCCGAUGUCGACUAUCUCGACACGUGGAAGGCGAUGGAAAAGUUGGCCAGGUCGGGCAAGGUGAAGAGCAUCGGUGUAUCAAAUUUCAACAGCGAGCAGCUGACGCGUCUGCUAGCUAAUUGCGAAAUUAAACCGGUAACCAAUCAGGUCGAGUGCAAUCCUGGCAUUAACCAACGGAAGUUGAUCGAAUUCUGCCGCAAGCAUGACAUCGUCAUCACGGCGUACAGUCCACUGGGACGGCCGAAUUUGACCGAUCCGGUUGUCGGUACCCAGGACAUACCGAAACACGCGCUGGACGAUCCGCGUGUGCUGGCCAUUGGCAAGAAGUAUGGCAAGAGUGCCGGGCAGGUUGUGCUACGCUAUUUGGUCGAGCUUGGUACGCUGCCGAUUCCGAAAUCGUCCAAGCUGGAGCGCAUCCGGCAGAACAUUGACAUUUUCGACUUCAAGCUGACCGAGGACGAGAUAAAGGUGAUGGACGGAUUCAAUACCGGUGGCCGCACGGUACCGUUCAAUUUCAGCAGCGAGCAUAAGUACUUCCCGUUCAACCUGGAGUACUGAGCCGUGAGCUGUGUUGAAACCCCCCGUUACGUAGUCGGUGUCUAUUUGUUUGUCCGCUUCCUGUCCUUUCUAACCCUAUCACCGUAGGUCACCGUGAAGAGUAUUCAUCCAAUCGUUUUGCAAAUAAAUGUUACUUGCACACAAAUGAGCUAUGUGAGUGAGCGUAAAGAUAA